AUGGAAGACUGCCUUCAAGAAUUCUCUAUCCUUUUUAUCGGGUCUUUUGUUGUGGUGUACUUUGAUGAUAUCCUUAUUUACAACAACUGUAAGGAGGAUCACCUAGUUCACUUGAGGCAAGUCCCGGAGGUUCUGAAGGAAAAUCAGUUGUACAUCAAUUUGAAGAAGUUCACAUUCUAUACAUCUAAACUAUUGUUUUUAGGCUUUGUGGUAGGUGAAGAUGGUCUGCAUGUAGAUGAAGAGAAGACAAAAGUAAUUCGAGAUUGGCCAACACCAAAGUCAGUUUCUGAAGUGAGGAGUUUUCAUGGUUUGGUAACUUUCUACAUACGAUUCAUCGGGCAUUUCAGAACUAUUGUGGCACCUCUCACAGAAUGUUUGAAGAAAAGAAAGUUUAGCUGGGGAGAGGAACAAGAUAAGAGCUUCGCCUUCAUCAAAGAAAAGUUGUGCACAGCUCCAGUAUUAGCUUUGCCAAGCUUCGAGAAGAUUUUUGAGGUGGAGUGCGAUGCUAGUGGUAUUGUUGUGAGGGUUUUGAAGCAAUGGGAGCACUACCUGGUACAGAAUGAGUUUGUGCUGUUCACCGAUCACCAAGCCUUGAAAUUCAUUCAUAGUAAAAAACACAUUAGCAGGAUACAUGCUCAGUGGGUGACUUUCCUCCAGAAAUUUCCUUUUGUGAUUAAACGUAAAUCUGGAAGUACAAAUAGAGUUGCAAAUGCAUUGAGUUGGAGAGCUUCCUUAUUAAUCACAUUAUCAUAG